GGCGCGUGGCGCGUGUUCCAAUAUCAAGCUCGCAUCAAAUUCUGGAUCUGCCGCUUGAAGCUGAAAACGUUGUGGUGGUAAAAAUUUUCUUGCAAGUAAACCCGCAUAGAGCAUCACAACCAAUUAGGGUUUUUUCAAAUUCUCGUUCAUCUUCGAUUUCAUACAGUGGUUUGGUGUAGGAGGUUGUCCUGUUCUAAUGCGUGGUUAGAAUUUCGGAAAUGAGUGAUGCGAAAGAAAAUGAGGAAGUUGGCCAGGGUGUGCCCUCGGCUAUGGAAGAAAACCAACACUUAGAUGAUGCCAAUUUUCAAAUUCAACCUGAUGCUUCUUCUACUCCUGCUCCAGUAGAGGAAAGUCCAAAUCACGUCAAAAACAUAUCGAAGGAGCCGCCUGUUGAGUCUAAGGCGGAGGCAUCUGCUGAGUCUAAGACAGAGCCACCUGCUGAGUCUACGGCUGAGCCACCUGCUGAGGUUAUGGCAGAGCUGCAUCCUGUGGCAAAGGCAGAACCACCUCCAGAGGCCAAGGCAGAGCCAUCUCCUGAGGUCAAGGCUGAGCAACCUCUUAGAGCUGUGUCAGAGCCAUCUGCUGAGGCUAAGUCAAAGUUACCUGCCCAGGCUACGGCAGUACCACCUGCGGAAGCUGAGGCAGAUCCUCCUUCUGAGGAUAAGUCUGAGCAAGCUUCUGAGACUAAAUCUGUGCUACCUGCUGAAGCUAUGUCAGCACCAGAUUCUGCGGACAAGGCUGAGCCACCACUUGAGGACAAAAGUGAGGAUCAAGAGGUGGUUCCUGAGGGUAUUCAACAGCAAGAUAUUCAAAGUAGUGAAAAUACUCUUCAGUCAGUCACAGUAGAGCUUGAUGUAAAUAGAACUGAUCGUGAGGAAGCUGAAGUUGAGAAUAAGACUGAUGAAAAUCAAGCUGCUGCAACUGCAGACAAUGGGAAUGAAAACUCAAGUCACAUGCUUUUCUUGGACGCAGACCAUUGUUAUGAUGGGAAUGAGUCAGGGACGGAGGAAGAGCAAUCAGCAUUCAUGAAGGAGCUUGAAAAUUUCUUUAAGGAGAGGAGCAUGGAAUUCAAACCUCCCAAGUUUUAUGGAGAAGGACUUAAUUGCCUUAAGUUGUGGAGAGCUGUAACAAGAUUGGGUGGUUAUGACAAGGUAACCUCGUGUAAGCUAUGGCGGCAAGUGGGAGAAUCUUUCAAACCUCCUAAGACAUGUACCACAGUUUCAUGGACUUUCCGUGGGUUUUAUGAGAAGGCACUUCUUGAUUAUGAAAGACAUAAGAUAAAAGGUGGUGAGCUGAGUGUUCCAAUUCCUUCACAACCAGAGCCUAUGAAUAUCGAAAAUCAGACUUCAGCAUCAGGUAGAGCGCGUAGAGAUGCUGCAGCACGCGCUAUGCGGGGUUGGCACUCACAACGUCUACUAGGCAAUGGUGAAGUCGGUGACCCCAUUAUUAAGGAUAGGAAUUCUGUGUCUAUGCAAAAACGUGAAAAGGAGCAGCUUAAAAGCAUCAAUUUACUUAAACGUAAGAAACCAUCGUAUAUGGACAAUGCAGUCAAAGCUGCACGUAGUAAACCGUCUAAACCACAAUUGGAUACAGCUGUGAUUGAUAUUGGACCUCCUGCUGAUUGGGUAAAAAUCAAUGUGCAAAAAACUAAGGAUUGCUUUGAGGUAUAUGCUUUAGUUCCUGGUCUACUUCGAGAAGAGGUGCGUGUUCAAUCAGACCCAGCAGGACGCUUAGUUAUUAGUGGUGAGCCUGAGCAUCUCAAUAAUCCUUGGGGUGUAACACCUUUCAAAAAGGUUGUAAGUUUGCCCUCAAGAAUUGAUCCUCAUCAGACAUCAGCGGUGGUAACUCUGCAUGGACAGUUGUUUGUUCGGGUCCCAUUUGAGCAAUCAGAAUAGUGGUUCCUUUACCAUUGAUUUACUUAGAUAGUUGCAGGGAAACCAUUUAGAGCAAUGGCUUCAGGGUCAGCCUCUUCAGACUUACCCCAAUUUGUAGCUUAGCUUAGCAUAUAAUAUUUAUAUUUAUUUAUGUUUGGGAUAUUUAAAAGUCCUUGUUAAUGAUUCUUCUCUAGCAAUUCCAGUUCGACCAUGUUAAUACGAGUUUAGUUAGUUAGGAUUCUCUAAUUGCUGAAGAACAUGUCAUUAUAUUGGCAACUUGGGUGAUGAGAGUAAAUUAAGCUGUUGAUAUUUAAUUUUAACAUUUGGGAUGAAUAUACUGCAUUUGCUUAGUUGCUUUC